CCUUCUGAGUAAUGUGCUGGUGAGCCAAUCAGAAUGCGGGAGAAGACCAGGCACCCUCAGCAUCUGAUUGGUCACAGCUUCUUCACCGGAGGAAAUUACGAUUUGUCGCAAACCUAACGCAAGAUGAUGAGUGGCGGACAUUUUGUUUGUUUCUAAUAUGCACGUGUUAUCAUCUUCUUGGUACCGCGGGGAGAGAUCAUUGCAUCUACCAUCACACAGCGUGACGCUGCUCAGAUUGUUCAGAGUACAGCUCUGCUUCUAUUAAGGUAGAAGAUAGAGAGGGAGAAGACGUAUGUGAGAGGUGACCAGCAGUGUAAGGAGGAGGAAAUCCCUACAGAUAUCAGCACAGCAAGGGAUGUAAUAGAAGAAAUAUAUCCCAGACACAUCUGUGAAAGAGAAGAUAUCACGAGAUUCUCCAGGAGAAAACCUUUUUACCCCAGUUGCGCAUCCAGUACUUCACUGUGCAGAUAUGUCAUCGGAUCCCUCUAAUCACAAUCCUAUAGAUGCCAAAUGUUUUUCACAGGACACAAAGCUUAUUGCCCUCAAGCCAGCUAAGAAACACAAGAAGCGAUUUUCAUGUUCUCAUUGUGAGAAAUGUUUUAAAUUUAAAUCAGCUCUUGGUAUACAUGAGAGAACUCACACUGGUGAGAAACCAUUUAAAUGUUGUAAGUGUGGCAAAUGUUUUGCAGUCAGAUCUCGUCUUGUUACACAUGAGAAAAGUCACAUCGGUGACAAACCAUUUCAGUGUCUUGAAUGUGGGAAAUGUUUUACAUUGAAAACAACUCUUGUUUCACACCAAACAGUUCACACAGGUGUGAAACCGUUUUCAUGUUCUGAGUGUGGGAAAUGUUUUGCACAGAAAUCAUCUCUUGUUACACAUCAGAGAGGUCAUACAGGUGAGAGACGAUUUUCAUGUUCAGAGUGUGAAAAAUGUUUUAUCCACAAAUCAGCUCUUGGUAUACAUGAGAGAACUCACACUGGUGCAAAACCUUUUAAAUGUUGUAAGUGUGGCAAAUGUUUUGCAGUCAGAUCUCGUCUUGUUACACAUGAGAGAAGUCACAUCGGUGACAAACCAUUUCAGUGUGUUGAGUGUGGGAAAUGGUUUACAUUGAAAACAACUCUUGUUUCACACCAAACAGUUCACACAGGUGUGAAACCGUUUCCAUGUUCUGAGUGUGGGAAAUGUUUUACACAGAAAGCAUCUCUUGUUACACAUCAGAGAAGUCAUACAGGUGAGAGACCAUUUUCAUGUUCAGAGUGUGGAAAAUGUUUUAUCCACAAAUCAUCUUUUGUUGCACAUCAGAGAAGUCACACAGGUGAGAGCCAAUAUUCAUGUUCAGAGUGUGGGAAAAACUUCGUGAAUAAAUCAUCUCUUGUUUUACAUGGGCGAAUUCAUACAGGUGAGAAACCAUUUGCAUGUUCUGAGUGUGGGAAAUGUUUUUCAUGUAAAUCACUUCUUGUUGGACAUGAAACCGUUCACACUGGCGUGAAGCCAUUUUCAUGUUCUGAGUGUGGGAAAAAUUUUAGAGAUAAAUGGACUCUUACUAUGCAUCAAAGAAGUCACACAGGUGAGAAACCCUUUCCAUGUUCUGAAUGUGGCAAAUGUUUUACAAAUAAAUCACAUCUUGUUUCACAUCUGAGUGUACAUACAGGUAAGCCGUUUCCAUGCUCUGAAUGCGGAAAAUGUUAUGCAAAACAUGCGACACUUGUUAUACAUCAGAGAUAUCACACAGGUGAGAAGCCUUUUGCAUGUUCUGAGUGUGGGAAACAUUUUAUUGAAAAAGCAGCUCUCAUUAUGCAUGAGAGAAUUCACACGGGUGAGAAACCAUUUCCAUGUUCUGAGUGUGGAAAAUGUUUUUCAGACAAAUCUGUUCUUGUUGCACACAAGAGAAUUCACACAGGGGAGAAGCCAUUUUCAUGUGCUGAAUGUGGAAAAUGUUUUUCAGACAAAUCUGUUCUUGUUGCACACAAGAGAAGUCACACAGGGGAGAAGCCAUUUUCAUGUGCAGAGUGUGGGAAAUGUUUUAUAAUUAAAUCGUCUCUUCUUGCGCAUGAGAGAAUUCACACAGGUGAGAAACCGUUUUCGUGUGCUGAAUGUGGGAAAUGGUUUACACAGAAAUCACAUCUUGUUAGACAUCAGAAGUCACCCAGGUGUAAAGCCAAUUUCAUGCUCUAAUUGAGGAAACUGACAGUAAUCAUAGAUGUAAUUGUAAUAUCUUUGUGUUUCUCUUUCGUCCUAGAGGAUGCUGGGGUCAUCAAUAGAACCAUGGGGUAUAGACGGGAUCAGCAGGAGACAUGGGCACUUUAAGACUUUCAAAAGGGUGUGAACUGGCUCCUCCCUCUAUGCCCCUCCUCCAGACCUCAGUUUAGAAAUGUGCCCAGGGAGACUGGUCACGUAUCUGGGGAGCUCUAUUGAGUUCUCUGGAAAAGACAUGUUAGUUUUUUUAUUUUCAGGGAGGCUGCUGGCAACAGCAUCCCUGCUUCGUGGGACUUAGUGGAGAGAAGUAUGACCCACUUCUGUGAGUUCCAGGGCUCUGCUUCUGCUGACAGGAUGCUUCCGCACCUGAGGGGAGAUGAUCGCCGGGUACGCUCGGAUGCUCGCUCCCACAGCCUGCCGUCGCCCCCUUUCAGAGCCAGCAGUCAGAAGACAGGUGAGUAACCAAAGAAAAGAAGACUUCUCUUCAGAUUACGGCAUUACUGAUAUACCGUGCAGCAUGCCAUGCUCCCAUACACAGGCGGCACUACAGAGCGCUGGGGGGGGGAGCGCCCUGGACAGCAUUUACCUCCACAUUAAAACGGGCAUGAGAGGACAUUUAUGUCCAUAAAGCCCCCAUCACUAUAAAUAUAUGUAUAAAAAAUGGGAGAGAAGCGCGCCAUUGAGGGGGCGGAGCUUCUUCCCCCUCAGCUCACUCUCUGCCCGGCACCAUUUCCUCUACAUGCAGAGACGCUGGUCCUCCUCACCGCUGCUGGCAAGUAUCGGGGUGCAAAAAAAGAUAUAUCUUUUUAUAUAAUUUUAUAAUAGUGCUGCAGUUCUGAGGCAUCUUUCUUAGUGUUUCAGACCUGUACAGUAGCGAGCUGGCAAAAUCCCUCUGUGUCUCUGACUGACUUUCUAUAGGUCUGUCCCCUAUAGGCCCGGUAUGUCUGUGGGUGAUUAUACACAUGUGUCAACAUGUCUGAAGCUAAAUGCUCUUCCCAGGGAGAGCCUGUAAUGGGAGCACAAAAACAAUGGGGGUGGCCCCGUUGGCACCGCCGACUCCUGACUGGGUUUAUGUGUUAAAUGCUUUAAAUGUAAAUAUUGCUCUUAUUAAGAGGUUGGGCAGGUCUGAGGCUCAGACCCAAGCAUAUAAAAAAAUCUGUGGAUGAUAUAUUAUCUCAGGUCCAGGACUCUUCGGGGUCACAUAAGCGUGCAUUUGACCAGUUGGCAGACACGGAUACGGACUCCAGUGUCGACUAUGCUGAUUCUAGAUUGGAUCCAAAAUUAGCAAAGAGCAUUCAGUACAUGAUUGUUGCUGUUAGAGACAUUUUACAUGUAAAAGACUACCCUGCUGUUCCUGAUACUAGGGUCUGUAUGUAUAAGGGGAAGAAACCGGAGGUAACGUUUCCCCCCCUUCUCAUGAACUAAACGCUCUGUUUGAGAAAAUGUGGGAAACUCCUGACAAGAAAUUCCAAAUUCCCAAAAGAAUUCCGGUGGCAUAUCCAUUCCCCACUGCAGAUAGGGAAAAAUGGGAGUUGGUCACCAUAGUAGACAAGGCCCUGUCCCGUUUAUCAAAACAGGUGGUUUUACCGUCAUCUGGUACAGCAGCCCUUAAAGACCCGGCGGAACGUAAGCCAAAAGCUACACUAAAAUCCAUUUAUGCGACCACGGGUACACAACUCAGACCGGUCAUUGCUUCUGCGUGGGUCAGUAGUGCUAUUGAGAAAUGGGCAGAUUCCUUGUUAUCUGAUAUAGAUACCCUAGACAGACAGCAUACUGUUGACGCUGGGUUACAUCAAGGAUGCUGCAGCGUACCUUAAAGAAUCUGCCAGGGAUAUUGGUCUUUUGGGAGCAAAAGCCAAUGCAAUGGCAGUAGCUGCUAGGCAAGCAUUGUGGAUUCACCAGUGGAAUGCUGAUUCUGAUUCCAAGAGAAAUAUAGAAUCUCUGCCAUAUAAAGGAGGUGCAUUGUUUGGGGACUGUCUCACCGACCUAGUCUCUACAGCUGCCGCGGGAAAAUCGUCAUUUUUGCCUUAUGUUCCCCCUAAACAAUCACUAUCAAAUGCAUUCCUUUCGGCCCAAUAGAUGCAGAAGGGGGCUAGGCUCUGCCUUCUUUGCUACUAGGGGAAGGGGUAAAAGAAACCCAGGCAUCUCUGCCUCCCAAGAGCAGAAGUCUUCCCCGGCUUCUGCCAAAUCCAUUGCAUGACGCUGGGGCUCCUCUGCGGUAGUCCGUGCCAGUGGGGGCACGUCUAAAGCUCUUCAGUCAGGUCUGGGUUCGCUCAGACCUGGACCUUUUGGAUUUUAAAAAAUUGUGUCCCAAGGGUACAAGCUAGAGUUUCAAGACGUCCCCCCUCACCGAUUUUUCAAACCAGCCUUACCAGAUUCUCUGCCCAGCAGAGAGGUAGUGUGCCACGCAAUACAAAAAUUGUGUCAAACCCAGGUCAUUAUCACGGUUCCCCUGCGCAACAGGGAGAAGGCUUCUAUUCCAGCCUAUUUGUGGUCCCGAAGCCGGACAGCUCGGUCAGACCGAUCCUAAACCUAAAAGACCUCAAUUUCUUUCUGCAGAAAUUCAAAUUCAAGAUGGAGUCUCUCCGAGCACUGAUCUCCAGUCUGGAGAAAGGGGACUUUAUGGUCUCCUUGGACAUAAAGGAUGCCUACCUACAUGUUCCCAUUUAUCCUCCACAUCAUGCCUUCCUGCGGUUUGCAGUUCAGGAUUAUCAUUACCAAUUUCAGACGUUGCAGUUUGGUCUGUCCACGGCUCUGAGGAUUUUUGCCAAAGUGAUGGCGGAGAUGUUUCUUCUUCGCAAGUAAGGAGUCAUGAUUAUCCCAUACUUGGACGAUGAUCUGAUAAAAGCGAGAUGCAGGGACAAGUUGGUGCAAAACAUUGCACUGUCCCUGACCGUUUUACAACAACAUGGUUGGCUCCUCAACCUGCCGAAAUCUCAGUUGAUCCCAACGACCCAGCUGUCGUUUUCUGGGAAUGAUUCUGGACACAGAACUACAGAGUUUUUCUGCCGGAGGAAAAAGCUCGGGAACUUCUCUGGUAAAACAAAUCCUAAAACCAACCAGAGUAUCGAUCCAUCAAUGCGCUCGCUUGCUGGGAAAUAUGGUAGCGGCCUACGAGGCCAUUCAGUUUGGCAGAUUCCAUGCCAGAGUAUUUCAGUGGGACCUGUUGGACAAGUGGUCCGGUUCCCACCUACACAUGCAUCGGAAAAUAAUCCUGUCUCCCAAGACGAGGAUAUCACUCCUGUGGUGGCUGCACAGUUCUCACCUCCUCGAGGCACGCAGGUUCGGGAUCCAGGAUUGGAUUCUAGUAACCACGGACACAAGUCUCCGGGGUUGGGGUGCAGUCACACGGGGAGAACUUCCAGGGAAGAUGGUCGAGUCAAGAAACUUGUCUCCACAUAAACGUUCUAGAGUUGAGGGCCAGUUACAACGGCCUUCUACAAGCGGAACAUCUUCACAAUCUGCCCGUACUGAUCCAGUCGGACAAUGUAAUAGCUUACAUAAACCGCCAGGGCGGAACAAAAAGCAGAGCAGCAAUGGCAGAAGCCACAAAGAUUCUCCGUUAGGUGGAAAAACAUAUAACUGCUCUAUCGGCGGUCUUCAUUCCAGGGGUGGACAACUGGGAAGCAGACCUUCCUCAGCAGACACGAUCUCCAUACAGUAGAGUGGGGCCUCCAUCCGGAGGUCUACACAGAAGUGACAAGUCAUUGGGGUGUUCCCCAAGUAGACAUGAUGGCGUCUCGUCUCAACAAGAAGCUCCAGAGCUAUUGUGCCAGGUCAAGGGACCCUCAAGCCAAGCCAAGGGACCGUGGGUGUUUUAGUCGGUGUAUGUAUUGCUUCCACUUCCUCUCAUUCCGAGAGUGUUAAAGAUCAUAACGAUUCCGACGAUCCUCAUUGUUUCAGACUGGCCAAAGAGGGCUUGGUAUCCAGAUCUUCAGGACUUACUCGUGGAAGAUCCCUGGCCGCUUCCUCUCCGAGAGGACCUACUACAGCAGGGGCCGUGUCUAUAUCAAGAUUUACUGCGGCUAUGUUUGACGGCAUGGCGGUUGAACGCCAGAUCCUAGCCCGGAAGGGUAUUCCCAGUGAAGUAAGUCCCACUCUUAUUCAGGCUAGAAAGGGUGUAACGUCAAAACACUAUCACCGUAUUUGGAGGAAAUCUAUUUCCUGUUGCGAAUCCUAGAAGGCUCCUGCGGAGAAAAUUGAUCUUGGAUGUUUUCUCCAUUUUCUACAAGCUGGAGUGGAUGCGGGCCUAAAAUUAGGCUCAAUUAAAGUACAGAUUUCUGCUUUGUCAGUUUUCUUUCUGAAACAAUUGGCCUCACUUCCUGAGGUGCAGACGUUUGUAAAAGGGGUGUUGCACAUCCAACCUUCUUUCGUGCCUCCUGUGGCACCAUGGGACUUUAACAUGGUGUUACAGUUCCUUCAAUCCCAUUGGUUUGAACCUUUACGAAAGGUGGAUUUGAAGUUCCUCACUUGGAAAGUGGUCAUUUUGCUGGCCUUGGCAUCCGCAAGGCGGGUGUCCAAAUUGGCGGCCUUGUCUCACAAGAGCCCUUAUUUAAUCUUCCAUGAAGAUAGAGCAGAGUUGAGAACUCGUCAACAAUUUCUGCCAAAAGUGGUUUCUUCUUUUCACACAAACCAACCUAUUGUGGCGCCAGUGGCUAUUGGCACUCUAGCGGAGUCAAAAUCUCUGGAUGUAGUCAGAGCUUUGAAAAUUUGUGUCACCAGAACGGCUCCUAUUAGGAAAACGGAGGCUCUGUUUGUCCUUUAUGCUCCCAACAAGAUUGGGUGUCCGGCUUCCAAGCCGACCAUUGCCCACUGGAUCUGUCAUACAAUUCAGCAGGCUCAUUCCACGGCUGGAUUGCCAUUACUGAAAUCGGUGAAGGCCCAUUCCACUAGGAAGGUGGGCUAGUCCUGGGCGGCUGCCCGAGGGGUCUCGGGGUUACAACUUUGCUGAGGUGCUACUUGGUCAGGUUCAAACACAUUUUCUACGUUUUAAAAGUUUGAUACCUUGGCCGAUCUCAAAUUUGGUCAAUCGGUGCUGCAGAGUCAUCCGCACUCUCCCGCCCAUUCUAGAUCUUUGGCAUAACCCCAUGGUUGUAUUGAUGACCCCAGCAUCCUCUAGGACGAAAGAGAAAACAGAAUUUUAAUACCUACAAAUCCGUUUUAGUACCAUGGGGAAUAGACUGUUCCGCAGGAGCCUACGGCACUUUAAGACUUUUUAACAGUGUGGACUGGCUCCUCCCUCUAUGCCCCUCCUCCAGACCUCAGUUUAGAAAAUGUGCCCAGGAGACUGGACGCACUCUAGUGGAGCUCUACAGAGCUUUGCUGGAAAAAGACUUUGUUAGGUUUUUUAUUUUACAGGGAAGCUGCAUUAGUUAAUGGUUCUGCUUCCGCUGACAGGACACCAUUCGCUCCUGAAGGGUACUGAACACAGCUCAAGCCUGUCCAGCGUUCACUCCCACAGCACAGCCACCACCCCGUAACAGAGCCAGAAGAAAGAAGGCUGGUGAGUAUAUUACCGGAGUCCUGCAGAGAGAUGUCCUCCAGUCAUCAUUGGCGGCAUACAGAUACCAGUGCAGCGGCAGGGACGCAGGGUGCAGAGCAUGUGAGGGGGGGGGGGGCGCUCUGAGCGGCAUGAAAGAACCUUACUCACUGGCAAAAAAAUGUACACAUGUUAGCCGCUGGUGUGCUAAGUCCCUGGACAUUAUAAAAAUGACGCUUACUGCGGCAGAAUCGUGCCAUUACACGACAGCAGAACUUCUCCUCAGACUUGCCAGAACACUCACUGGGUGCCAUUUUUUUCUCCUGCAGAAACGCCAGUGUGAAGCUCAUGAAGCUGUUUCUCCUCACGACAACGCUGAUACAAGGUACCAGGGUGUUAUAGAAGGGGAAGGGAGUAUUUGUACAUUGGGUCUGCGGAUCUAACAUUGGAAUAGCGCUGUACUUGUGUUUUUAUUUAUACAAUUUACAUACAGGUGCUGUGUGUGGACUGGCAAAUCCCUGUGUUUUCUCUGACAGACAUUAGUGUGAGUCUGUCCCCGAUAGCUCCCCUGUGUGAUAGUGUGUGUGUGACAUGCCAGGUGAGAGCUCUUCCCCAGGGGACCCUAUUUUGGAUGCACAAGAUGGUAAUGUGGUGGCCCUUCCCUCUCAGAAGGAGCCAAUGUGGGUGAGAAAGUUGAAAAGUUAUAUGUCAAAGCUUGCAAGGAAGUUUGAGUCUGUGGAGGAUGAAUUAUUGCUGCUCCUUCCACGUCAUCCACUCGGGACCCCUCCAGUUCCCAGAAAGAGUCUCUGACGCAGUUUAUGCAAGGGGACGCUGACACACAUUCCGACACCGAGGUCGAUACUGGGGAUUUGAGAAGGGUGAACCCAAAUUAGCCAGUAGCAUUCAAUAUAUGUUAGUCGCUAUUGAAGAGGUGUUGUAAUUUAGAUACCAUACCGGUACCUGCAGAAAAAGAUUAUUUUACAUUAAAUAGCAGGUGGUGAUUUUUCCUCCUUCACAGGACGUGAAUGCAUGCUUCCUAGAAAGAUAUGUUUAGUGUACUUGCUAGUUAAUAUAACUCUCGGUCAUAUUAAAAAUGCUGCAGGUUAUUUAGUUGAGGCUAUGAAGGAUGUUGGUUUGCUUGGUUCAAGAUUCUCCGCUAUGGCAAUUUCAGGCCACAGUGAGGGGCUCCCUUACAAGGUGAGGCCCUCUUUGGAGACCAGGUGGAUGCCAUGAUUUCAAAGACUACAUCGGGCAAGUCAGAAUUUCUGCCUUCUACAGCUGCUCCGGCUAGGAAAGGGUAUCCUACUCAUACGAUGCACUCUUUUCGGCCCAACAGGUACAAACAGGCUAAAGGUACCCCCUUCUUCACAGGAAGAGGGCGGAGAAGAGGUGGAAAACCCACAACACCAUCAGGCUCGCAGGAGCAGAAGUCAACAGCUACUUCUGUUAAAACCACAGCAUGACGCUGGGGCUCCCCUGCGGGAGUAUGAUCAGGUUUGGACACGUCUACGGUUUUCCAGCCAGGUCUGGGUUCAGGCAGAUCUGGAUCCUUGGUUAUUACACAUAGUAUCCCAGGGUUACCAGUUGGAAUUUCAGAUAUUCCCCCAAUGCCGAUUUUUCGUAUAUCAGCCUUACCAGUUUUCUGUUCAGGACAGAACGCACUACAGAAAUGAUGACAAGACGAAGGAAUUUCCUUAGUUCCUGUGCUACAACAGGAAAAGGGCUUUUAUUCAAGCCUCUUUGUAGUACCGAAACCGGAUUGCGCAGUCAUACAGAUUCUACACCUGAAGUCUCUGAGUCUAUAUUUGCGGAGGUUGCAAGUCGUUGGGGCGUUCCUCAAGUAGACAUGAUGGCAUCUCGUCUCAACAAGAAGCUUCAGACAUAUUGUUCCAUGUCGAGAGAAUCGCAAGCAAUAGCAGUGGAUGCACUGGUGACCCAGUGGGUGUUCCAGUCAGUGUAUCUGUUCCCUCCACUAAUACCAAAAUUCUCAAGAUCAUCAGAAGAACAAGGGUUCGGGCAAUUCUCAUUGUCCCAGACAGGCCAAGGAGGGCUUGGUAUCCAGAUCUUCAGGAGCUACUACUGGAAAAUCCUCGGCCUCUUCGCGAGGACCUGCUUCAGCAGGGGCCGUUAGUUUAUCAAGACUUAACGCAGCUACGUUUGACGGCAUGGCUGUUGAGCGCCAGAUCCUAGCCCGUAAGGGUAUUCCCAGUGAAGUCAUUCUCACACUUAUUCUGGCCAGGAAAGGGGUAACAUCCAAGCAUUACCAUCGUAUUUGGAGAAAAUAUGUAUCUUGGUGUGAAUCCAAGAAGUCUCCUGCGGUGGAGUUUCAAUUAGGACAUCUCCAUUUUCUACUGGUGGGUGUGGAUGCUGGCUUGGGAUUAAGGUCUAUCAAGGUCCAAAUUUUGGCUUUGUCUAUUUUCUUUCAGAAACAGUUGGCUUCCCUUCCUGAGGGUCAGACGUUCGUGAAGGGUGUUCUGCGCAUCCAACCUCCCUUUGUGCCUCCUGCGAUGCCAUGGGAUCUUAAUGUGGUGUUGCAGUUCCUUAAAUCGGACUGGUUUGAGCCUCUGCAAGAGGUGGAGUUGAAGUUUCUCACUUGGAAAGUGGUCAUGCUGUUGGCCUUGGUGUCGGGUAGACGAGUGUCUGAGUUAGGGGCUCUGUCUCACGAGUCCUUAUUUGAUUUUUCAUGAAGAUAGGGCAGAACGGCAGACGCGUCUGCAUUUUCUUCCAAAGGUUGUGUCUUUCUCUAUCAACCAACAUGUGGUGGUGCCAGUGGCUUCUGACACCUCAGCCGUUUCAAAGUCCUUGGAUGUCGUCGGAGCAUUGAGGACUUAUGUUGCAAGAAUGGCUCUGAUAAGGAAAACAGAGGCUUUGUUUUUCCUCUGACCCCAACAAGAUUUUGUGUCCUGCUUCUAAGCAGACUAUUGCGUGCUGGAUCAGAGGUACCAUUCAGCACGCUCAUUGCAUGGCAGGAUUGCCGUUACAGAGUUCGGUAAAGACCCACUCUACAAGGAAAGUGGGUUCGUCCUGGACGGCUGCCCGGGGUGUCUCGGCAUUGCAGAUUUGCCGAGCAGCUACUUGGUCAGGUGCAAACGCGUUUGCUAAGUUUUCCAAGUUUGAAACCUUGGCUGCUGACGACCUUCAAUUGGGUCGGCCAGUUCUGCAGGAACAUUAGCACUUUCCUGCCCGUACUGGGAGCUUUGGUACAUCCCCAUGGUACUAAAAUGGACCCCAGCAUCCUCUAGGACGUAAGAAAAUAGGGUUUUAAUAACCUACCGGUAAAUCUUUUUCUCGUAGUCUGUAGAGGACGCUGGGCGCCCGCCCACUGCUAAUUUUUUCCUGCAUUACGUUUUAUCUUUUUAGUUUUUCAUAUGUUAAGAUGUUUUACAGCAGUUGCUGUUACGUUAUUUAUGCACGUUAGCAUGGGUUAUGUUGAAGGCCAUGUUUUGUAUGGUGUGAGCUGGUGUGAAUCUCGCCACUAGCUUAAUGUGAAUUCUUCUCUCGAAGUUGUCCGUCUCCUCGGGCACAAUUCCUAUACUGAGGUCUGGAGAAGGGGCAUAGAGGGCGGAGCCAGUUCACACUGUUAAAAAGUCUUAAAGUGCCGAAGGCUCCUGCGGAACAGUCUAUACCCCAUGGUACUAAAAUGGACCCCAGUAUCCUCUACGGACUACGAGAAAAGGAUUUACCGGUAGGUUAUUAAAAUCCUAUUUUAACACUGCACUUCGACCCGGCAAUAUACUGUGUUAUUUUGGAGAUUUGAAAGGGGUAUUAGAUACCAGACACAGCACCGCUGAUGUUACUUAUAGCUUCCAUAGAGGGAUACAUUUGUGUGUAACAUAUACAAGCCAUUGUCUGCGACUCAUUUCAUGAAAAACAUUGGGUCUAAUUCAGAUUUGAUCGCAGCAGCAAAUUUGUUAGCUAAUGGGCAAAACCAUGGCCCUCAUUCCGAAUGGCUCGCUAGCUACUUUUAGCAGUCGUGCAAACGCAAAGUCGCCGUCCACAGGGGAGUGUGUUUUUGCUUUGCAAGUGUGCGAACGCGUAUGCAGCUGAGCGGCACAAACACAUUUUGUGCAAAACAAGACCAGCUACUAGUCACUUAUCCUGUGCGAUGAUUCUAGUGACUGAUGUCCCAGAAUUUACAUCAGAUACCCGCCCUGCAAACUACUGGACACGCCUGCCUUUUCCCUACCACUCCCAGAAAAUGGUCACUUGACACCCAUAAACGCCCUCAUCCUGUCAAUUCUCCUUGCGAUCGCCUGUGCGAAUGGAUUCUUCGCUAGAACCGUUGCACAGCAACAAUGCUUUUUGUACAUGUAUGACGCGCAUGCGCAGUUUUGCUGGGUUUUUUUUUUACCUGAUCGGCAGCGAGCAAUCAACUCUGAAUGACCCUCCAUGUGCACUGCAGGUGGGACAGAUAUAACAUGUGCAGAGAGUUAGAUUUGGGUGUGGCGUGUUCAAACUGAAAUCUUAAUUGCAGUGUAAAAAUAAAGCAGCCAGUAUUUACCCUGCACAGAAACAAUAUAACCCACCCAAAUCUAACUCUCUGCACAUGUUAUAUCUGCCUGCCCUGCAGUGCACAUGGUUUUGCCCAUUGGCUAACAAAUUUGCUGCUGUGAUCAGAUCUGAAAUACCCCCAUUGUGCGCACAGUCUAUGCAGUUUAAUGUGUGUAGAUACUGCCAGUUCUGCCUUAUUAGGAUGGAGAAAAGUGGUUGUAAUGCUUCAGUGACUAUUACUGUUUGUACCCUUAGUGAAAUUGCAGGUUGUUGAAGUCAAGUAUGAAGAGUAAUCAUUUUGUAAAUCUAGAAAUUACUGCUAUGGUACAUACAACAAUUCAGACCGAUAUGCUAAAGUAUAUAAUUUAUUGCCAUAUAAAACAGUGUAGCAGUAUCCAACACUUAAAAAAUGGCAGUACAUGUGGGAUUUUGGAUAAGGGAUACUCAAACUGUAUCAGAUUUUGUUUCACAGCAUCACUAGGCCAACUGUUUUAUUGAGAAAUUCAGAAAAAAUAUUAAAUUAAGUAAAUUGUGUUUUUAUGUGUCAUCCUGAGGUUCACUUAUGUGGGGAGGGGCAGGUUUCACUUCUGUUUGUCCACAUAUUUUAUGAUUCAAAACCAUAAGCACUGGUUUUGUGUAUUACAUUAAUUAUAAAUAAUAUGCAUUUGUCCCGAAGCACCCUGGAGGUUUUGGAACCACUGGCCUAGACAGAUAUUCAAUCGCUAAACACAUCAAUUACAAUGUUUAAACCAAGCCCACAGUGUUAUAAAUAAGGAGAUUUAUGGUAAGACUUACCUUUUGUUAAAUCUUUCUACGAGGUACACUGGAUUCCACAAUGAAUAACAUCAGGGU